GAAAGAGUUGAGAGAAUAUAAUGAAGAGGAAGACUGACAGAAAGAGAAGAUGGCUGAUAAGUGUCACUUGUGUCUGCUGGGACUGAUCUUUCUCUCUUCACUUCUCACAGGUCUCAGUGGAGUGGAUGAUGCUCAUGUGUUCAUCAGUUCUGGUGAAGAUGUCCGUCUGCCCUGUAAUAAAGAUCUUCCUGGCUGUAACUCAACUACAUGGAACUAUAACAGAUUCAGUUAUUCACCAGCAGUUGAACUGUUUGCUGGAGGGAGAAAGAGGACAGACACAGAGAGACAUGAGAGACUGAGUCUGGGGUCUGACUGCUCUCUGAACAUCAAGAGAGUCACAAAAGAAGAUUGUGGAUCUUACAUCUGCCAACAAUAUGUGAAUGGACAACAACAAGGAACUAAUGCUCGUGUUUAUCUGCAUGUUCUUCAUGUCUCUUCAUCUGAGAUCAGUGCAGGCCGCUCUGUGACUCUCUUCUGUCAGUUGUAUUCAUAUUCAUCAUCUGCUCGAGUCUCUUGUGAUGAUUGGAUCCGUUCUGAGCGAAUCGAUCUGUUCUGGGUGAAUCAGGCUGGUGUUAAACUGACAAACUCAGACUCCAGAUAUCAGAUAUCAGCUCCAGAUCACUGUAUCAUCUCUCUGAAGAAAACAAUCCUGAAUGAAGAUCACAACAGAGAGUGGAGAUGUAAUAUUACUCACAGAGAUCAAGUCCAGACCUCAGUCUCAUACACUGUCAAGAUCUCAGAUCAAACUAAAAGAGUAACAGCAUUGACUCCAGCAGAAACGUCUACACAAGAUGUCAGAAGAAAGACUGAUGACUCUGUGGUGAGUUUUGUUGAUCUAUGAGUUAUUAAUAACCAUAAACUCCACAAAAGACUGACUCUGAAAUAUCACACUCUUAUUACUCACAUUAGAUCAGGACAAGUUAGUGUAAUUCUACUGUUUCUGCUCUAAAGCUCACAGAUAGAAAGAAAUAUAAAGGAAACAAUGACGCAAUCAACAUUUCAAUUCGUCCUGCUCACAGUGAACAGUAUGAUUAAUCUUCAGUUAUUAAUGUUUAUUUUCGUAUUUGGUUAUAUUUAACAGUUA